AUGUUCACUCCAAUACAACGAAAUUUCUCUUCCAUUUCGGAUUUCCAUUAUAUUAGAAUGCACAUGGAUUCCAUUAAAUUCACUGUUUAUAUUUCAAAUCCUUAUUCUCCAACAACAAAAAAAUCAAAGAUGAACAUACUCGUUCCUUUAGCAACUUGUUUCACUGUUGCGUUGAUUUGUGCUCUGUGUUCUAAUGUCAUUGUUGUUCAAGCAGAUCGUCCUGUUCCUCGUUUGCCUCUCUCAUUCAUGGCCAACAAUGUAACAGUUUCCUAUGCCGAUCAAAAUUUGAUGUUUGUCAAUGCCACUUAUUAUUAUGAUUAUUACUUUAGAAUGGAAAGAAUUGAUUUGUUGGACACUGAUAAGACUUAUUUGACCAACAAGACGAUUAUCAAUUUUUAUGGACCUCGUGUCCAUAAAAAGAAUUCUCUUAAAAAUUCUUUGCAAGUUCCAGUCACAACCUACGUCAUUGAUUAUCAAAGAAUGAAAUUCAACAACAACAAAUGGAUCACUCUUUAUAAUUGCACCAAGACCAAUCAGUAUUGGCAAUUUGGUUAUGCCAUGAAGGACAUGCCUUAUUGGGCAAUUCAAGAACAAGAUCCCAAUUAUUAUGUGUCAUUUGUCAAAUAUGGACUCGAUGGAGGAUUGAGAUUUGAAUUGUGGCAAGAUCAAUACAAUGGAGAAUCCAAGAUCUACCAUAUUAGCACAGAAACAAGAAGUGUUGAAUUUGCACAAUUGUUAAGAGCUCAAGAUGAUAUGGUCAGUUUGAACAUUAAGGGUUCUCAAAUACCAUUUGUGUUGAGUAGUGAAUAUUUUAAUGUGAAGAAUUUUGGGUGUGAAUAG